UAUUUGGUGCUAACUGCUCGCCAUUUGUAGCUCAAUUUGUUAAGAACAAGAACGCUAAGCGUUUUGAGAGUUCUAAGCCGGCUGCGGUUGAUGCAAUAAUCAAUUCGCACUAUAUGGACGACUAUAUCGAUAGUUUGCCGGACCAAGAAAGUGCCAUUAAUGUAGUGAGAGAUGUGAUUGAGAUACACAAGGCAGGAGGGUUCGAAAUACGUAAUUGGACGAGCAACAGCAGCGCCGUGCUAGACAGCAUUCCAAAAGAGGCUUUAGGUCCAGUGGCUGUCAAGUUCAAAAUAGACGAACAGUUGCAAGGAGAGCGUAUUCUUGGCCUAAUGUGGUACCCGAAGGAAGACGAACUCGGUUUUGAUGUCUCUUUGAAACGGAUUCCUGAGAGUGUCAUUCAUGGUAAAGACAAACCUACAAAACGUUUGAUGUUGCGUGUCAUAAUGUCUGUGUUUGAUGUUUUAGGAUUUUUGUCGCCCUUCACUAUACAAGGAAGAAUUAUGCUGCAGGAUACUUGGAGGAUAAACGUCGGUUGGGAUGAUUUGAUACCCGAUGACAUUUACGCAAGAUGGUGCCAAUGGAUCGACACGCUGAAGCCAGUAAAUGUCGUGUACUGCCGGUGAAGCCGAUGACUGUGCCACGAGCAGAACUCCAAGCUGCUGUUCUGGCCGCAAGAUUGGCGGACACGAUUGGGAAGGAGCAUCGACUUGCUCCUGCACGGCGCUUCUUUUGGUCUGAUUCAACCACAGUCAUCCAUUGGAUAAGAAAUAGCAAACGGAAAUAUAAAGUUUUUGAAGCGAACCGACUGGGUGAAAUUGAUGAGCUUACUCGUGUGAGUGAGUGGCGACAUGUUCCAACCAAAAUGAACAUAGCAGAUUUGGCUACAAGAGAUUCGUUCAACUUAGACUGUUUUCGCGGCGAAUGGUUUACGGGGCCUUCUUUCUUGUACGGCGUCGAAACAUCAUGGCCCGCAGGUAUGGUUCAACCUGAAACAGAACAAAUGCAGUCGGGUUACGUUAUGGUUAUGGAAAAUUCGCUUGAAGCCUUACCUGUGCCUGACCCGCAUCGCUUUUCGUCCUGGCUUCGCCUGGUGAGGGCUACGGCGGUCGCUCUCAAGUUUAUUGACAAGUGCAGAGGACUUACCGGUGAUGUAAAUUGCGAUACGAUGCGACGAGCGGAAUCUCUGUUGAUAAAACAG